AAAAUCUACAUACAUCUUAUGUGCUUUUCAUUAUUGCAAAAGGAAAUCUUAAGCGGAUACUCAAUAAUGGACAAGGCCAUAUCUUAGCAUCAACCUUAGCUUAUGUGAAUUGACCUUAUCAGUUAAGAUCACCGCCUUUUCAUUAAAAUGGCCAAUGAAUAAUGUAUCAGAGCUUAGUUUAAAAGCUUCAGGUAUGUUUUCAGACAGAAAUAUUCCAAGAAUGCAAGUCAGGUAUAUUUCUCAGAUAAAUAACAGUGGGAGCUCUUCUACAGGGAAAUUCUCCGCUCUCAGGUUUCCCCGAGGUUGAGAUCCAGCGCGCAUCAUUAAUCAUUCAGUGGGGUCUGCCCUCAGUCAAUGGCAGCUCUGAGUAAGCUGAAGCGCCCGCUAGCUAAUCCUUCCUGCCCAGGGGAUCCUGGGGCGAGAGAGAACAACUGGGCAGUCAGUCACAUGUGCCAGUGCCCAGACCCAGUCCCUCUUGCCUGGGUCUGAGUGGGUGGGUGCCUGUGUGUAAGCGAGCGCCCGCGCGCGCGUUUACAAGCAGCAACACAAACCCAGAAGGAAAAACAAAUUAGCCCUAACGUUCAGCACAAUCCAAUUCAGAGUUUCUAACAGGAAGCAGCUCGAGUCGUGGCACAAUGAGGGAGUAGCUUCCUAAAGGCCAUAAAUCCAUCCCUAUCUCCUUAAUAAAUCAGUAACAACAAAUCAGCCUUCCCCGCAAACCGCGCCACACCAAACGCUUCCCAACUUGGGCCGUGCGUGUGGUUCCAGCCCGUGAAGCCGUCGAAAGGAUCCCCGGGAGAGGGACGAGCCGCUAGAACCUACGGGAACUAGAGAGGAACCUGGAAAUCGGGUCCUGGGUGGGCAGGACUUGCGUGGCCAGGACGCUGGUGCGCGGGAGAGGAGCGAGAGGACGUGAAGCCAUUGCCACGUUUCUAUCCCAUUUCUGUCAGGGUCCCCAGCGCGCGUGCUAAGCGCGUGGAGCUCAGUGACCCGCGGUGUGGUGCCCCGGGUGAGAGGAGCGCCGGGGUGCGCGGCCCUGGGGUAGGCGCGCCCGGCGUCUGGGGCGCUGCGUCUCCGGGCCCGGCCGGCGUCCCCUCCCACUCCCUCCGCGUCUCCUCCCUCCUCACACCCCCGCCCCCGGGACCGCGAGGCUCCCUCCCCGCACCGGCCAGGGAGUGCACAGAGCGGCGGGUGAGGGGAAGCUCCGCAGGCGUGCACGGAGCAGUGAGAUCACUGGCGUUAUAAAUAUCCCGGUGCCAGCGCCGAGAUCCGCUCCGGUGGCCUCUCUCUCCCCCUCUCCCUCUGCCUUCCCCGAGGCUAUGUCCACCCGGCGUGGCGAGGGGGACAGCGUCAGAGGCACGCAGCUGCGCGGGGGCUCCGGAGCCCAGAGCCAGCCCUGCAAGAUGCUUGUAGGACCCCCGCGGCUGGAAGAAUGAGCUUGUCCUUCUUCCUCCUCUUCCUCAGCCACCUGAUCCUCAGCGCUUGGGCUCACGGGGAGAAGCGUGUGGCUCCCAAAGGGCAACCUGGACCCGCGGCCGCGGCUCGGAACCCGGGAGACUCCAGCAGCAGCCGGAGCAGUAGCAGGGCGACGUCUUCCACGCAUUCCUCUGCGCCCUCUUCCCCGGCGGCUUCCCGGGGCAGCCAGGGCAGCGGCUCGGAGCAGGGCAGUUUCCAGUGGAGCCCCUCGGGGCGCCGGACCGGCAGCCUCUACUGCAGAGUGGGAAUCGGUUUCCAUCUGCAGAUCUACCCGGAUGGCAAAGUCAACGGCUCCCACGAAGCCAAUAUGUUGACCACAUAAAACCACAGUCGGGGCUUGGAGACCGCCAGGGAGAGCGGGAACGUGGCCAGGAGGUAGCGCUGCGAAGCCUCCCGGCCCAGGAGUCAGCCUGCUCACUCUCAGGUGGAGCGAACUUGCUCAGUCCCAGACCAAGACCCGAUGGGAGCGGCACGAAGGCUCCGGCUUACCCAGGCUCCCAGCAGCCCGGGGCUCGGCGUCUGACUGACAAUCUGCUAGGGGCCUGCCAGGCUGAUUGGAGUUGCAAACGUCGAGAAGGAGUAGCUGGCUGACCAGGCUUCCUCUGAUGGGUUAUGGGGGCUGUGUGUGGGGGACCUGGCAGUAUGCACCCGGAUAGUAGCAGUUCCACGCCGGCCCCCUGAGCUUGCUAGGUCUUUUGAGGUGCGCGGCUCAGCUAGCCACGCACGUGGCUAGGGGUCCUGGUGCGUCCCGCUGAGAGCUGGCCCUGUGCGCCCCAGUGAACCCCGAGGCCGGAACCCCUCUCUGAGAAAGCCUGUUUGCAAGUUUAUUUUAGUCUUAUAAGGGUAGCCUGGUUUGUUGGUGCGAAGACGAAUUCUCUGAGAUGUCAGCAGCUGCUAGAGUUAAGUCUAUUUCAGCAUUUCUAUUUCACCUUCUAUUUUGUCCCAUUCAACUCCUUUCUAUUAGGCAUCAGAGCUUAUUCUCCACUCAUGGCAGUCUUUAAUUUUUUGUUCCUCCAGAAAUGCUUUGUCUUUUCCCUUCUUUUUGUAGUUUAUCUAGGAAAUCAGCACCAACUGAGGAUAACCUUUGUGUGCCCAAGGUAAGAUCCAAAAAUAGCAGACAGUAAGCAGCAGUUUGGAGCCCAGGCAGCCGACCCGAUGUGUCUAGAGUAGAUUUCAGUGUGCUAGGUCAUCUCUGAAAGCCAGGCUCAUCUCCAAGAAUUUACCCUUUCUCUACAAAGACACCAUAGGUGUCAAAAAUUCUUGCAAUUUAGGCCUUAUUGGUGAGGGAAGUCAUAGAAAAGCAAACAAGGAAAGCACAGGUCAACAGAGAAUGAAUUCCACUAAAGAACUGAUCACUAUCUUUUGUUUUCAAGGUACAAUUAUUUUUUUAAAAUCCACGUUGAACAAAAAGUAUAAAAGAACAGAGAUGUUUUCUAAACAUUUCCUCAAUAAAACUUAAUGUAACCAGCCAUUUCUCAUUUUUUCCAUUUAAAACAUCUCUUCAGAGUGUGUGUCUUUCACAUAACUUGCUUUUAUUCAUUCAUUCAUUCUUGUACCCAAUAUAGGACACCUCCCUCACUAAGCACGCUAUUUUGCUUACUUUAGUGCUAGCUUUUGUUCUUGUUUUGUUUUAUUUUGUCUUCCAUAAAUUUUUCUCAUGGAAAACAUAACUUAAAUAUUUAUAUCAGAAUAAUUGUUUUGCUAUCAUUGUUCAAUUAAGAAUUUAUAGAUUGUCUCAUAUUUAGUAGGAUGGCAUGUAUUUUGAAGUUUGAAAUGAGUCUCUACUUUUAUAUAGCUAUGAAAGAAAAGUAGCAGCUUGCUUAUUGCAGUUGGUCAUUUACCUGUUUGAUGGUAGCACUUGAUGGUUUCCUGAGAUUUUGUAAAAUAAGGUGUUGGUCAUGGACUGUUGUGUAAAGUAUACCAGGAAACAUUUGUCAAAGUCUCACAAGAGCUAGGUCAGGACCAUAGAGGAUGUGUUACUUUCUACCACAUCAUCUAAUUCUGUUGUCUGUGAGUUAUUGGUGAUAGAAAAUUUAAGUUCUUUUUGCUAUAAGCCAGCUACUUCAGAAAAAAGGCUAAACUUUGCCAUGAAACUGCAUUCUAACAAGAUAAUCUAAUAAGAUUUUUUCAUAUAGAACAGAUAAAUACAUAUGUGUUUCCCAAUUCUCACUUGAUGAUAAAUAUUUUUGCAAAUUGUGAAUAUUUUCUAGUUUCAGCAUGAAAUGCACACUCUGGCCAGAGACUUCAAACAUAAUUAGUAGUUUAGGUAUAUUGAUUAACAUAGUCUUAGCUUCUUUUACACAAUAGUAACUCAGUUUUGAAGAUGGAAAAUGGAAUCAAGCUCAUUGCAUAUAAACCCUUAGUACAAGGAAAUACUGGGAAAGAUAAAGAAAGAUGGACAAGACAGAUGAUAUGAUUCAAUCAUUGCCUUAAUUUAUUUCAAGUUUAGUUUCAGUAGACUGUUACGUUGACUUGUCUUGGGCCGUUGAAGAAUACGAAAUCAGGUACCAAGAUAUAUCAUGUAAAGGUACAAGAUCCAAUGAUGAAUGUAACUGUAUUGUAUACCUAAAAUGUACCAAUGAACUAAAUGGAAAAAAAAAUAAGAAAUCAGGUAAUGGUUAAUUCAGGGAGGAAAAAUUUAAGGCUAUGACUGCACAAAACAUUCAUAUAAAAUAUAAAAGUUCCAGUAACAUAUUUUCCUAAGAAACUAAUAAUCAUAUAUUUUGACUAAUCAUUUGUACUGAUUUGUUAAAAAUCUGAAUUCAUCACCUUAGGUGUCAUAGAGUGACCUUAGAUAGACUCCCAAGCUUAGAUAAACCAGAAUAUGUAUGCACUAUGUGGAAAAACUCAAGUGGAAAUUUUCUGUUUCUAAUUUAAUCAGUAAAGGCUGCUACACACAGUGAAUAUUUCAGAAUUCAGAUUUGAAAACUUGGCACAACAUAUCUGUUACUGUUUGGAUGCGAAUAGAGAAAGUUCAAUUUUAAAAUACGUUUUCUUUGGAAAUUUUCAGAUGGGUUGUUGAAAGCUUCUGAAUACAUAGAAUUCUGCAUUUUUCUGGAUUUUAUUCACCAAGUCUAUAAUAAUAUAGCCUUAUUAUAUUAAAAUAUGGAGAGGAUUAAGUAAAAGAUACAGAUAGGUGUUUAUUGAAAUAAACUUACUUCAUAAGUUAUGGCUAUCCCUAUAAAUAAGUGAAUUGAAUAGUGUAUAUAAUCUGACCAACACAAGAAAUCAUUGCUUCCUUCAACCUAGAUGUCAACCCUGAAAGUCUACCAAGAGAGGCUACUUUCUUAUGUUAAGCAUUGCCUCCUUCCAAUGUCUUAAACACCAACACCUUAGGAAAGAUAAACACAUGGUCACCGGUGAUUUGAUGUGGAUUAAUUUACACUGAGUCCUCAUCCCACCCAGCAGGAGAGAGUGGCAAUAGCAGGAAAGUACUGCCUAAGAACACAUGGUGUGUCCUGACCUGGAGAAAGAAGAGAGGUGAUGGGGAGGGUCAAAGAAGACAGUUCAAGGUAGCAUGCAGUCAUUGACUACCUGUGAUCCAUGAGGCAAACUUUGUCUUCCACAUGUUGCUCUUGGCACCCAUGAGAUGAACUGUAAAUUUCUAUCAAAUUUAUUAUGACUGACUCCUAAUGAUAACAGUGCAGGAAUUACAUUUAAAAAGCUAUUCUUAGGGAAAUGUUCCCUCAGAUUUAUAUAUGUUUGCUUAAUGCACAUGGGUUAAAGUCUUAUGUAGAAUUCUUUAAUGAGUUAUUAGAUUUUGGCACUGUGAAACAGACAAAAUAGAUAAACUUGUGCUCUCUUAUGGAGGGGAAGCAGGAAGUUGAAUUGUGAGAAUCUUGUAGAAUCUGCUCCAGUAUUCUAGAAAACAAGAUGUUAUGAUCUUAAUGGUGUUCCCAAGAUCAGGCCAUAAUUACUUUACAAUUUCAAAGAUCAAUAUGAAAGUUACCAGUGUGAAAAAGAAUUCUUUCAUCUAAUCUCAUCUUUUCUUUUUCUUCCAUUCUUUAUUAAAUUAGAUAGAAUGAUAUACAUAUAUAACAGUGUAUUUUUAAGCUUUCAGCUAAAUACAGUACAAUCUUCCCAUUCUGAGGAAGUAUAACAAAUUUUUAUUCUGAAAUUCAUAACAAAAGAAAUCAUUUGGGCUGGGGAUUUAGCUCGGUGGU